AUGUUGGCCACCGCGACGCGCCCGGACAUCACGGUGUCGCCGCCGGCCGCGGCGGUCGUCAACCUCUGGGAGGCCGUCGCCAAGAACGACGUCGACGGCGUCGCGGCCUAUGUGAAAAGCGGCAAGACCGUCCACCUGCGCGACCCGACGGGCAUGACGCCGCUCCACUACGCCGCCCAGCAGGGCCACGCCAAGGUCGUCGAGGUGCUCAUCGCGGCGGGCGCCGACGCCGACGCGCGGACGACGGGCACGAACCUGACGCCCCUGUGGCUGGCCGCGUACCGAGGCAAGCUCGACGCCGUGAAAGCGCUCGCGCGCGCGCCGGGCUGCAAGGUCAACCCCAAGGGCCAGCCCGAGCGCGCGGGCGUCGUGCCCUCGGCGCUCAAGGGCGCCGUCUCCGCGGCGCGCGCCGCGCGCCAGGAGCACCACGACGACGUCGCCGACUUCAUCGAGGCCGCCGCGGCCGCGGCCGCCCUGAGCACCACUAGAGCGGCGCCGCAGCCGGCCUCGUCCGGCUCGAUACGCCUCGCGCACAUGACCGACGCGUCCGACGGCAAUGCGUCCGACGGCGACGACGACGCCGCGGCGCUGAAGCCCCAAGCCGACGGCGGCGCGUCGUCCGACGACGAGGACGCCAGGGCCUCGAAGAAGGCGCAGAAGAAGCAACGGAAGAAGGACAAAAAGGAGAAGAAGAAGAAGAAGGCGGGCCGCCGCGAGGGCGCCAUCACCGCCGCCGCCUUCUUCGACGUCACGCCGAACGACGCCGCGGCGCCGCCGGCCGCGGCGCCCGCCGCGCGCGAGGCCCCGUCCGCGCGCGAGGCCAUGGAGGACAAGGUGCAGCUGCUCGUCGCGCGGGGCUACGACGACGCGGCCAUCGUCGCGCUCCUGGAGCGGGACGGCUACCGCGCCACCGUCGACGCGGAGCCGGCGCCGGCGCCCGCGGGCGGCUUCGACGUGAGGCGCGGCUUCUCCGAGGCGGAGGUCGCCGCGCAGCUCUGGCGCGCGUCCGAGGCCGCGCGCGCGCGCGAGGCGCCGCGGCGCCCGUCGCCGCCGCGGCGCCGCCGCGGCGACGCCCGCCGCCGGAGCCGGAGCUCGAGCUCGAGCCGGUCGCGGAGCCGGAGCUACGAUAGCCGAUCGCGGAGCCGAAGCCCCGCCGCGCGCGCGCCGCACGACCCGCGGAACCCGCUCGACCCCAUCGGGGCCCGCGUGCGGAGCGAGUUCCGCGAGCGGGCGCCGGACUUCGCCGGCCGCCUGCCGCACUGGGACCACGACGCGUACGAGACGGAGAUCGCGCGCGAGCCGAGCCCGGAGCGCGCGCUCGACGGCGACUACGAGCCGCCGCAGCCCGAGUGGUUCUCGCGCGCCGGCGGCGUCUACAUCAAGAACCCGCGGGCCUGGCUGAACGAGCCCCGCGAACGCCACGACGACGACCGCGGCUGA